AACGGAUACAAACCCGCUACCCGGCGGGGAGCCCCCCUCGCUCUUCCCGGGCCAGACGCUUUCUAUGUGGAGCCCGUGUCAAUGGACGGGCCCCGGUGCGCUGCCGCCGCUGCGUAGGCGAUCGGCGGGCUCCUAAAGGUUGACCAUGGUGGCCGCCGUCCGCUCCCUGCUGGCGCUGCUGCUGUACCAGGUGCUGCUGGGCGGCUCGGCCGGGCUCAUCCCGGAGGUGGGCCGGCGGCGCUUCAGCGACUCGGGCCGCGCCGCCCCGCAGCAGCUGCUGAGCGAGUUCGAGCUGCGCCUGCUCAACAUGCUGGGGCUGAAGCGGCGGCCGAGCCCCAGCAAGAGCGCCGUGAUCCCGCCCUACAUGCUGGACCUCUACCGCCUGCAGGCGGGCCAGCAGCUGGGCCACCCCGCCCUGGGCCGCCAGCUGGAGAGAGCCGCCAGCCGCGCCAACACGGUCAGGAGCUUCCACCACGAAGAAGCUUGGGAAGAGCUGCCAGAAGCAAGUGGGAAAACAGCACGGCGUUUCUUCUUUAAUUUAACUUCCAUCCCUAACGAGGAGUUUCUCACCUCGGCUGAACUUCAGAUUUUUCGGGAGCAGGUGCAGGAAACCUUUGAGAACAAUAGUAGCUACCAUCACCGUAUUAAUAUUUAUGAAAUUAUAAAGCCAGCCACAGCCACUUCUAAGGACCCUGCCGCGAGACUUUUGGACACCAGGUUGGUGCAUCAGAAUGCAAGUAAAUGGGAAAGCUUUGAUGUAACACCAGCUGUAAUGAGGUGGAUUGCACAUAGACAGCCUAAUAAUGGGUUUAUAGUAGAGGUGGUUCACUUGGACAAUGAGAGCAGUGUUUCCAAGAGGCACGUUAGGAUUAGCAGGUCUUUGCAUCAGGAUGAAGAUAGCUGGUCUCAAUUCCGGCCGUUGUUAGUAACUUUCGGCCAUGAUGGCAAGGGACACCCUCUCCAUAAAAGAGAGAAACGCCAAGCAAAACACAAACAGCGCAAACGCCACAAAUCCAGUUGCAAAAGACAUCCUUUGUACGUGGACUUCAAUGAUGUGGGGUGGAAUGACUGGAUUGUUGCCCCACCAGGAUAUGGUGCCUUUUACUGCCAUGGGGAAUGCCCUUUUCCAUUGGCAGAUCACCUAAACACAACAAACCAUGCCAUUGUUCAGACUUUGGUCAAUUCCGUGAAUUCCAAAAUCCCUAAGGCUUGCUGUGUUCCAACAGAACUGAGUGCUAUUUCCAUGCUCUACCUUGACGAGAACGAAAAAGUUGUAUUAAAGAACUAUCAAGAUAUGGUUGUGGAGGGUUGUGGGUGCCGCUAACACAGCAAAAUAUAUUAGACAAAUACAAAAAAAGCUGACACUUUAAUAUUUCCCAAUGAAGACUUUAUUUAUGUAAUGAAAUGGAAAGAAAAAAAAAUACAACUAUUUUGAAAAUAUAUUUAUGUCCACAAAAAAAGUUGGGAAAACAAAUAUUUUAAUCAGAGAAUUAUUCCUUUUAAAGAUUUUAAAUGUAUUUUAGUUGUACAUUUUAUAUGGGUUUAAUCCCAGCACAUGAAGUAUAAUGGUCAGAAUCUUAUUUUGUAUUUAUUUACUAUUAUAACCACUUUUUAGAAGAAUAGCUAAUUUGUAUUUAUAUGUAAUCAAAAGGAGAAAAUAUAGGGUUUGUACAUAAUUUUCCAAAAUUGUAGCUGUUUUAAUUGUGUGUAUUUAAAUUGAAAAGAAUACAUGGAAGGUUACUAUGGCAAAGUGCGUAGCACAUUUGCUUUCUGCUGUGCUACUGUUAAGGUCACAAGUUCAAGUCCAGAAAAAAGUGGAUAAUCCACUCUGCUGACUUUCAAGAUUAUUCUAUUGUACAAUUCUCAGGAAUGCUGCAGGGUGGGCUGUCCAAUCCAUGAGAACUGGCAUCCUCCUUAGGUGGAACAUUUGGAUAAGAACCAGACAUUAUUGAUCUAGUAUAAAUACUGCUAUUCCCAACUAAUUUGCAGAGUGAAUAUAAGCAGGGCCAAUAGAAAUCUUAGACCUACAGAAAAGUUGAAUGUUUGUCAUCCUUCUCCUCUCAUUUAAAUCCUUAUCCUGGCCAAAUAUUAAAUAAUAAAAUAUGAUGAUUUCUUUUCUUUUUUUGUGUGGUGAUAUAUGCUAAAAAAGGAACAAUUUUAUUUCUACUGGCCCUUGUCUCUAACAGUUGGGAAUACAAUUUAUUUUUUUUUUCUUACCUCAAAUGAGAGCUCAUUUUAUGCGGAAUGCUCUAGAGAACGAAUCUUCAAACUUUACCCUAAGUACAGAAAACUAUUGUUAGCUAUGGGCGCUAUCUACUUUCAGCUGCUGGUUUUGCUGACUCUCGGAGUAGUUUUGUCUUUCUUUCCGGGGUCUUGUGUUUGGAAAGAAUUUUCCCGCCAAAUGUUAAACCGAUUUCAGAUAAUAAAUAAUAGAGCUCUGACAUUUCAUUCUGCAAAGUCCCAUCUGUAAGAGCAAAUGGUUCAUUCACAAAGAUAAGCUGUUUUCUGGGUUUUCUUGCUUCUUAAAGUCUUCAUUUUAUAUAUAUAUAUAUAUAUAUAUAUAUAUAUAUAUAUAAAUAAUAUUUUUAAAAGGGCAAAAACAUGAUUUGCAGUUGGCAAGCAAGGCGUUAAUCGCAGCUCAUACUUACUGAACAUUUACAAGACUGUUGGUGUGGUAGUUUGCGAGUAAUUUGUAGAAGAUGGGAAGAGGAUACAGAGGCUGGGUUCCUUGUUGCAUUGGAAGCCUUGCCAAAUAUUAGACUAAAAAGUACCUGAGAUUGGCUUCUUGCUGAUGUACUGUAAAUUGGACUGAAGCCAAGUGCAGAAUGAAGUCAAAUUAGCCUAUGGGUGGUAAGUUUGUUCUUACAUUCAGAACUCUUAGCUCUUAAAAGCUGUAGAAUUGGCCACAGAAUAAUGAUUGUGAUUAUAUCCUCCAGGAACUUUGAAAGUUGCUUUUCUGUUUUUAAAUCUAAUCAACCAAAACCUUUGCCAGAAGGUGGCAUUUCAAAGCCAAGAGGGCAAGUCUCCAUCCAUGGACCUUUUAGGCCAGCUUCUGAAAUAGUAUCAGAUGCAAGCCAUGUCACUAACUUGCUUAACGUGUGGGGUUGCUGGGUUGUGGGUUUUUUUAACUAUUAAUAAAAACCAGUAUACUACAAUGGAUGUACUCACUGGGCGCAUGGGUCAAAAGCCUUCUAAAUAGACUAUAUCUUUAAGACCGGUUAAAGAAUAAUUCCUUUCUUUGCCCCAAAUAAAUCUGCAAAUGCAAUUGUUAGAGGGGACAGGAGAGAAAAACUAGAAUAAUUACUGAUUGGAUGUCGCCA